AUGUUGUGUGGAGAAAUAAUUAGAUCCCCAAAUCGAAGUCCGUACACUACGUUGUUGUCGUCACUAUACCCGAUGAUGACUGCUACCGUUGCUGAAGAUGACAAUUUACUCGGUAAAUAUUAAUAACAAUUUAUGUUUUAAUUUUACUUGCGUUAUGUUCACAUAAUAUUUUACUCCAUCAAAUAUAUCGACGUUUAGUGUAAAAUAUGAAUUUAUCUAUGCGUAUUUUAAUUAUUGUAUUAUCUACACACCUAUCUAUACCUAUUGGAAUUAAUAAAAACAACAUUCUAAAUACCUCCGUUGCCUGUGUAUUUUUAAAAAAUACAGUGAUUAUGAUUUAAUAUGUUAAUUUCAUAAAUUAAUAGCAAAUGGAAAUAAUAUCUAUUGUAGAUACUAGAUAGGUAUUUAAAUAGAUAACAGUUUAUUUUUCACCAAGUCAAUAAAACUAUAUAAAACAUAUAAUAACCCCCCAUCCCUACCGGUGAGAAUAAUGAAUUUCUAGUCGGCAAUUUUACAUUUAUAGAAAAAUAAAUAAAAUCAUUUUAGCUUUGUAGUAAGUUAGGUUAGAUUAGUAUUAUAGUAAAAAGGUCGAUAAGCAAAAAAAAAGGUCAUCGGCCAAAAAUUCGUCAAAUUUGUAUGUGUACAACUCUUCCCUCAAUAAUUUCUAACACCGGCCUUGGCGCCUAUAGUUAUAAUUUAUUAUGAAACAAAUAUGUCAUUUGAAUAAUAAACUGAAAUUUUAAAAAAUUCCGAGUAACAUUUCUUUCACAGUGGUUUCAACAAUAAUUACGGUUAGGUAAACGAUUAAUAAGAAGGAAAUGUAUAUUAACCUUGGAUAGUGGGGCAGAUGCACAGCGAUUGUAAUAUUACGAAUAAUGGUGAUGGUCGGAGGAAAAUACCUAUACGUAUAAAGUUACUAUUUAGUCACGAUCUUAAAAUAGUAGGUAAUAUUUUAUUUAGUUUACAUAAUAUAUGUCCAAUCAUAUUAGUAGUAACAGAGAUAAUAGGUACUUGUGUUAGUCAUGUUUAAGAGGACCCGAAUUUAUCUUUUUACAUAUUUGCUAGUGGACGUCAUACCCACACUUAUUACCAUUUCCACUAUCCAAUGGUCAAUGAAUAUUGAAACUAUGAGACGUAAAACUUGAAUUUGUAUGGCUUUUAGUAGAUUAAAAUAUUAAAUUAGGAAUUUUAAAUACUGCAGAUGACUUAAUUUUAAUAGAAGAAUAUUUUAUAAGGGUUUCACGUAAGUGAUAAGUAUAAGUGUGAUAAUCCAACGAAAAAAAAUUAAAAAACCCCAAACCACGCUGACAAUUGAUUACAUUUCAAUAUUAUGUGUGUAUUAUAUUUAUAUAUAAAUAUAGGUACGCGAAUAAUAUGCCUACGAAUAGUACGCGAACGUUGAUGAUAGGUAUAUUCCCCAAUCCUUCAGAUUUGGUCAUUAAACUCUAAAUGUAACCUAAAUUUAAAUUCUGAAUAACACACAGAGACAGUAGGUAUCUAAAUAAUGAAGAAACGGAAUGAUAUCUUUUUAAAAAAAUGAACACGAAUUUUAACAAUUAAUUGUCAACAUAUAAUACGAAUAGCAAAUAGAGCAUUCAAAUUUUAAAAAUAAAGUUUUCAAAAUAAAUUUGUGAAAAGUGUUUUUUCCGUAAUUGUAGGCUGCUUUAUUAUAAUCUAUAUUAGAUGGAUAUAAUUCUCUAAAUGAAAUGUUUUUCUCAUUAUAAUAUCCAUACUUGCAGAUUGUUUUAUUAUGUUAUACAAACAAAUAUUACCAUAUUAUAAGGAGAUAUAUUAUAGGUGCAACGUACAUUUUUUAGUUAAAACAAUGGCUUGGUAGUAUUUAAAAAAUAACAUUUGUUUUUCGUAAAACUGCACAUUAUAUAGCUAGUAUUAUUUAUCCGGGACUAUCCCGUAUAUCGAUUUUUAUAUUCGAGCGUUUAUGAGUCAUCGCCUCUACUUUUCACCAACGAGUCGGUCUUGUUUACUAUGCGCAUGAUUACUGCACAACUAAAUACGUUUUCUUUAUUUAGUUAGUAUACUAUAAACAUUAUGAACAGUAGAACUUACUAUGUGUUUAUCAAUGGGCCAUUGUCAGAUAAAUGUGGGUAUGUAUUUUAUUUUUAGUUUUAGUUUUUAUCUCUAUAUGUAUCUACAGUGUAUAAUUAUUAAAAAUGCACAACGAUUAUUUAUUGAAAAUAACUUCACAAAUAUUAUUCUUGAAAUUUUUAAGCUGGAUUGAUCACAAAGUAUGAAAACCUUUUGAGACGAAUAGAUAUUUUGCUGUUUAUUCCUACAUAAUAUUAAAUAGGACAUACACAUGUUAUAAAAACAUAUAAAUAGGUGACCUAGGCAUAGAUGUAUGAAUAUAGCUAGGUAGGUAAAUAUAUAUGUAUCCAUCUAAUAUAACAUGAUUGUAUCUCGGGCCGGUUCGGAACUCGGGAGGGGCGAACCCCACACCCCACGACCACCUAAAUAUGGCCACAAAUAUUUUACAUUUAGGUUCUGAAAAGAUUAUCCAAAAAUACUAAAAAUAAGGUUAUAACGAUAAUACCUACGUAUUACCUACGUCAUUAAAAAACAUAUAUCUACCGUUUAAAUUAAUAAAUGUACAAUAAAUAUAAAGUUAAACUACAUUUUUUUAAAACAACAUAAUAUACGAAAAUGACAACACUUCCAAAAAACAAGGCUUGUGCUUGGGGUGAGUGAGUUCAAUAAGUCGAUAAUUGUAACUUAUAGACAAUAGUGAAAGAAUAACUACAUACUAAUUGAAUCAAGCAAAAAACGAAUCAAUAAAAAUGAUUUAAAUCUAAGGUAUACAAAUAGUUAAAUAGUAUUGAUUUUUUUUUUUAAAUUAAGUGAUACCUAUAUUUAACUUUCUACAUACACCAAUUUCUAUAUAAACCGUAUUGGAUUUCCCAAUUUUUUUAUUAACUUUUAUACAAUUUAAAUUACUUAAAGAUACUUACUUAAAGCUUUUAAGUGUGUAUUGUAUACAUGAUGCGGUUUAAAUAUGGCCACAUCAGUUUUAAAUAAAUUUAAAAUAAUUAUUUAUUUUAUAAUAAAGGGCUUUUAAAUGUAAUACUAUGAAAUCACAAAGCAGAUUAAAUGUCGGAUACAAUCUAGGCUUUUAUAAAAUUACUUUUACUAACCAACGCAGUGUAGUCUCUAUACCCAUGAGAUGAGUAUUAUAUAUUCCGUCCCACACUUCUAUACCAUACCUAGUUAUUGACUGUACAAGUGAAAAAUAAUCCAUUUUUAAUACUGAAAGAAUUGCCGAAAGCUUACAAAUUAAGACGGUUAUAUUAUGUUGUAUAUGAUUUGAACAUUUAAAUUUUUAUCAAGUGAAUACGACGAUGAUAAUUCCCCAUUUCCCCAAAAUCUCCUGGUUUAUACUGAAAUAAUUAACGAUUUUUGUGCAUUUGUGGAAAUAAACCUUUUAUAAAACUUGCUAUAUUAUACUGAUAUCAAAGGGAAUGAUUGCAUAAAAACUGAAAUUAAAAUUAUAUGCUUCUAUACAGACCCCGAUCCAAACCUUUUAAAAUCUAAAAAAAUAAAAUAAAUUUACAAAAAAAAGAAUUUUAUGUAAUAGUGUGUAUAAAUUAUCGGUUCGAUUUUACUACGAUUAAUAAUUAUUUUUAUAAGUGAAUGUGGGAAAAUUUCCACAGUUUAUUUUUUGUGGAGUACUUAGAACAUUUCCCUAUAUUUUAUAAAACAAUUUUGAUUAUGAAAUUAUUAUUUUUCUGUUUAUGUCUGAUUUUGACUUUACGUGCAUUAAAAUAAAAAAAAAUUAAUUACUAAAUAUUUCCAUACACAUAAUUAUAAACAAUUAAUCACAAUUUUCUAGAAAACCGAUUGGAAUUUUAGUAAGGAAAGUAUCAUUGAAAUUUAAAAUUGUGUCCGAAAUAUUCGCUUUCAAAAUUGUACUAGGGAAAAAAUUUGUGAUUCCGAAAAUAAAGGGGGAGGACAUUUUCCAUUUACCAUUAUAAGAAAGUAUCUAUAUCUAUUUGCAAACAAUAUUUGUGUAAAUCUGUAAAGUUUAUAAUAUGUGUAAAUAUUAGAUAAAUAUUAUGUGUAAUUUUAGAGAACGGCCGUCUGAGUUACGAGAAUCCAAACUAUCAUCUUGCUGGAACGGGUCACUUAGCUUUAGACGACGCAUUGAACUCAAACCUAACAUCAGCUACCGAUUCUCCUGGGUUUAAUCUGACCGAUGACUGCAUACUGUAUUCAGAGUAUUUAUGUCGUGAAUUUGACACAGUGUGCAACAUCAACACAGAAAAUAUUAACAGAAAACGUUACAAAUCAUUAGAUCUAGGAUCAAUGGGCGUGGACGUGUUGCAGGGACAAACUGGGAAGACUUGGUAAUGGAAAUGUUUAUAAAUAGUACUAUUUACUAUCAAUAACAGUAGUUACCUAAUAUUAUUAUAGUAGUUAUAAAGUUAACUAUAUGGUUGGUUGAUUUUUUUUUUAAUUGAAACUAAUAUAUUUUCAGGAACAAAAAUGUGAACUGUAAUGUGACAAGAGAUACAAAUAUUACAAAUCAACAUGACUUGACAAAUGUUACCAACCAAAAUCAUCAAAUGCAAGUAACAUAUGUAAAACCGGAUUUAAUUGAAGAGUCUGAACAAACAAAAUGCAAAGGUGGAAAGUAAGUUAAUUUUUUUCAAUAUACUAUAGGUAUCUUACAAUAAUAGUAUCCAAUUGUAAUUUAACUCAACCACAUCAAUUUUAGUAUUAACGAGAAACGUACCCCUCCAAAUACACUUUCUUUAAACAAACAAAAUGAUUCAUCUAAUAUUAAUAAAGAAAUACAACAUAUACAAGGUGAUUUGAAUAACGAUUUAUAUGCAUUACCAAUAAAAAGUAAUUCAAAUGAAUACACAAGUGAAUUGCCAGCUGGAUGGGAAAAACAUGAAGGUACAAAUAAUCUUAAUUUUUUGGCUUUUAAAAUUAUUAAAAAAAUUAAAUUUUAGAUAAUGAUGGCCCUUAUUAUUGGCAUAUUAAAAGUGGAACAAUUCAAAGGGAACCACCAGAGUACAGUGGUAAAAAUGAGCCUAAAACACCAUUAGUCAAAGAUGCAGAAUCGGUAAUGUCUAAAAACUAAUACCUACAAGUCUUACCAUACUAACUUUUUAUUUCAUCCACAUUUACUUACAUCAUUAAAUUUGUUAAAUUAUUUACAUAUUUUUGAAUUAUAAUUUGUUUGAUUAUUUUGAUUAAAAUAAAUAGGUUUUAUUGGAAUAACUUUUUUAACAAUUUAAUUUAAUUAAACUAACAGGUGACAACAAUACAAUUUUAAAGUUAUGAAUCUAUUUUAUAUGGUAUGAUUUUAAAUUAAUAAUACAUUUUAUUAAUAUAAUAUUAAUAUAAUAUAAUUAAUAUAAUUUUAUUAUUUACCUGUCUAAUUUUAUCUAUUGUAUAUAAAGGUUUCUAAAUAGUUAUAUUUAUAAUAAUUAAUAUUUAAAAAAAAAAAACCUACAAUAAUUUUUCAUAUUUGUUCAAGGUAUUGAACAGUUUUCAAAACAAUACUGGAGGUUUAGUGAGUUCAGUGACUAGAAGUACAACAAGUUCAGCUCUUGAAAAUUUGUGCUACCAAAAGAAUAGAAAAGAAGAUAUGGCUUAUAAGUAAGAUUUAUUUAUACAAUUAUAUAAAUGCUAUUUUAACCAAACUGUAUUAUACUGUAUUGUUAUGUUCUAGACGAAGAAGUUAUCCAGCUCGAAUUGAAAAUGAAAAUAAAGGUAUACGAUUUGCUGUUCGUUCUUUGGGAUGGGUAGAAAUUUGUGAAGAUGAUCUGACACCAGAAAGAAGCAGUAAAGCUGUAAAUAAAUGUAUUGUUGAUUUAUCACUUGGACGUAAUGACUUUAUUGAUAAUGUUGGACGAUGGGGAGAUGUAAGAAUUUACAAAUACAUAGUAUAAAUAAUCAAUUUUUAAAAACUUUACCCUUCCUAAUGCGAUACUGAUAUUUCAGGGAAAAGAUCUUUUUAUGGAUUUGGAUGAAGGUGCAUUAAAGUUAAUAGAUCCAGAGAAUCUUACUGUAUUGAAUACUCAACCUAUACAUACAAUUAGAGUAUGGGGUGUUGGGCGAGACAAUGGCAGGUUUGUUAGCUAUUGGUAUUGUUUAUAUUGUUGUAUUAAUAAUUAAUAAUAAUGUAUUGUUUUUUUUUUCCAAUGCUUUACUUCCAGGGAGAGGUAGUAUUUAUACAAUUAUUGUUUAAUAAGAAACACAAUUUUAUAAUGCAUUUGAAAAAUAAUAAAUUACAUUUAAUAAUUUACUACACUAGAUAAAUUAAACUAACAAUAUUAUUUCUCAGAGAUUUUGCAUACGUAGCUCGUGAUAGAAUAACCCGCCGACACAUGUGCCAUGUGUUCAGAUGUGAUAUGCCUGCUCGUACAAUAGCCAAUACGCUUAGGGAUAUUUGUAAAAAAAUUAUGAUUGAGCGUAGUCUCCAGCAAAAUGUUUCUAGAUCUACAGAUAUAAGUAUUAAUAGAUAUUGAUAUUUUCUGUAAAUUAUGAUUAAUUAAUUUUAUUUUUUAGAUACUGCAACAAAAAUGAAUCAGCCUGUUAGACCUACAAAUCUUCCAUUGGAAUAUCGCAAACGUAGAAAUUAUCGAAAUAGUUACUCUGCAACUAGUAAUCUGGGUAUAUAUCAUAAAUCAGAAUUUAGGCAUUUCAAUUUAGAAAUAAAUGAUUUAACCAUUGUUUUGUAUUGAGUAUUGUUACUGAUAAACGCACAUAUUUACCCACUAUAAUAAUUUAAUCGUUUUUAUGGAUUUUUGGUUUAAUGUGGUAUUAUGAUAUAAUAUCUUUCAUAAGUACUUUUUUUAAAGUUAUUUAAUUACUUAUAUAUAAUGUGUAAUAUUAUUUUCAUAGCUCAACCGUUUCCUACACCAAUGGAAGAACCACGUAAAGUUAUUCGGGCUACUUAUUUGGGCUCAAUUGAAGUGUCCAAGGCGUCUGGAAUGGAUGUACUUAAUGAUGCGAUUAUUGCUUUGGAAAAUUCACCUACUUCCAUACCCCAAACAGUUACAGUAGCAGUUGCACCUUCAAUGAUUACCAUUCAACAAGCUACUGUAAUUAAAUAUAUUUUUAAAAAAAACUAGUGAGCAGCAGAGCUCUGUUACUAUAAUCAAAAUUUCCCCCAGUUAUCUUGAUACCUUUAUUUAAUUUAGGUAUGUAGUCUGUAGAGGUGUCUAGACCAUGUUAUUUCCUAUAACAUGAAAUUUGGGGAUACAAAUGUGGGGACAGAAGUUAAGAGUUGAAACUUUCAAAAUCUACAUCCUUGUCACUAACCUAAUAUAUGUUAUUCCACAUUUAAUCCUUCUAAUUUUAAUAGGAGGGAGGGUUCUGUAAAGCUGAGUAAAACUUAAAAAAAACAGUCCUGCAAUAUUCUUACUCAGAUUAAAUACUUAAAAACUAGUUCAACUGAACUUUUAAAAAAUCAGUUAAAUCCAUCUGUAAAUAAACUCAAAUAAUUCUCUAGUUUAAAAUCAUUUGGUCCAAACUACCAGAAGUGUUCAUAAGUAGUAGGUAAAAAAAAUACAUUUGUGUAUAUAUCGAGGAAUAUAAUAUAACACAAUAAAGUGCAGUAAUCUUUAUUUUCGGGGAAAAUUUAAUAAAAUUAACUAUAGUUUUGUAUAUAUUUUGUUUGUUUUCAGGAUGAAGGAGAUCAAGUGGUAGAAUGUCGUGUGAGGUACUUAUCAUUUUUGGGAAUAGGCAAAAAUGUAAAACAAUGUGCUUUUAUUAUGCAUACCACUCAAGAUCUGUUCAUCGCACAUGUAUUUGAGUGUGAACCAUCUGCUGGAACACUCUGUAAAACUAUUGAAGCUGCAUGCAAAGUAUGUCAAUCUUAAAAAUGAUUAAUGCAAAAAAAUAGUUAUAAUUAUUAUUUUUUAUAGCUAAGAUAUCAGAAAUGCUUAGAUGCACAUCCACAAGGUCUGAAUCCAAGUAUGUCUUUGAGUCACAAUAUUAAUAGUCCAAAUUUAAAUGGCAUAUCAAGAAAAGGUAUCAGUUCUACAUUGAAAUCACUAGUGGGCACCAUUACUGGUCGUAAAAUGAAAUUAACCCAAUCCUGA